AUGGCAAAACCCACUAUCUUCUGGCUCGGAGCGACAGGCUACGUCGGCUCAGAGGCCCUGCUCAUCCUCAACGACUAUCUUCCGCGGCCCCACAGCCAUCACAUUGUCGCCCUCGUUCGGAAUGUGACGCCCCACCGCGAGUCCGCACUUACGCGGCUGUACUCCGACAUUGAAAUCGUAGAAGGCACAGCAGAUGACGUGGAGACCAUACAGAAGACGUCCGAGCGAGCGGAUGUUGUGAUCAACACAUGCGACUCGCUCCAUCCGCCUAGCGUUAAAGCCAUCCUCGCGGGCCUGACCACACGGGCGGAGGUCAACGCGGGUGCGCCUGCGCCAAUCUACGUCCAUGUCUCCGGUGUCAGUAUUAUCUCCGACCGAUGCAAUGGGGACUUCGUGGAGGAGCCCACUGAAUGGACUGACAAUAAUCUAGACGUCCAUGCCAAGUGCGUAGGCGCAUAUGUGAAGUCAGGAAAACGGUUAUCUCACAUCGCAGAAGCUAGUAUGCGCAGCGAGCAUCCAAUCUGUACGUUUGUCUUGAACCCCGCUCUGAUAUAUGGCAUCGGGGCUGGAAUCCAGUUUACCACAUUCUGGGUACGAGACUGGAUCGAGAGGUCCAAGGCGGCAGGCUACUCUGGUACAUUUGGAGAAGGUGCCAAUGCUCUCAGCCACAUCCACGUUCACGAUGUGGUUACAGCCUUGCUGAUCGUACUGAGGGCUGCGUUAGACGGCAAAGUGCAAGGUGGUAAAGACAGUAACUAUUUUGUCGGUGUAUCGGGGACCGAGCAGAGGGCGUGGGCCAAAGUUAUCGGAGAUUGUCUCUACAACAAGGGGCUCAUCAAGGAAGCCGGAUGCCGCCCCUGGCCCGAGGCAGUCACCGGUCCCAAGGACAGCCUUUGGUGGUGGGCUUACGCGGGGAACCAAAUCGUUCGCCCCGACCGUCUUUACGCGCUCGGCUGGGAGCCUACUGAGACAAAGAAGCAGGGCCCAAUUGACAGUUUGCCUGAAGCAAUGGAGAUUGCGCUACAGAUGAAGUAA